AUUCAUCCGCUCAAUACAACUCAUACCUUGAGAGCAAGUUGCAGAGCAUCACCAAGAAAACACAGAAAUAUGACGAGUAGCAGAAUGAUUUCAGCCGGAAGCCAAUCCACCUUCCACCCAAUCACAAAACCCAAACUCUCAACACCAUUAUCCUCUCUGAAUCCAUCUUCUCACCUUUGCUUCAAUACCCAUUUCCAAAAAUCAAGCUUUUCCGUCAGAACUCAUUCCAAAUCCAUCAGAACCACCCCGAUUAAGGCCUCCUCAGCCACCGCCGUUGAUAACUUUUACGUCAACACUCAGAAUUUCUACGAUUUGUUGGGAACCUCAGAGAGUGGAACGCUCUCAGAGAUCAAGAAAGCUUAUAAGCAACUAGCCAGAAAGUACCACCCUGAUGUAUCACCGCCGGGCUGCGCCGAGGAGUACACGAAGAUGUUUAUUCAAGUACAGGAGGCUUAUGAGACCUUAUCAAAUCCCAAAAGCAGAGCUUUGUAUGACAGAGACAUGGCUGCAGGCCCGGACUUGCACGAGAUUUUCUCCAGUAGAAAGCGAUCCCGCUUCAACGAGGGAUUUGAAGAUGAAGAUAGAAGUGAGUGGCAACAGAGAUGGGAGUCUCAGCUUACUGAGCUGACGAGGAGGAGUGGCCAUAGAGAUAUGGAGAGUUUGAGCUGGGGAGCUAAAAUGCGCAGCCAAAGAAGUUAGCAGAAAUUAGAGAAAAAUGGAUGAUCCCAUGUCUAUACAAGCUUUUUUUUCUUCUUCAUCCGUUUUUUUUUUUCUCUGUUUCUGGAGAAUCGUUUGCAAUCCUGAUGAGAAGAAAAAGGGUUUUGUUAGGCUACCGCAGGGAAUCUGUUAAGUCUUAAUUUGCAGAAAACGUAUAUAUAACAUAGUUUUUCGAACGCCUCUUGGGGUGUUCUUGUUGUGCAAA